UACCACCCUCCAACUCUACCUCUCCCAGGACAAUUUUCCUCAACUUAAUUCACCUUCUAACUCCAAUAUCUCGAGUGCCUUUCGCCUCGAGAUCACGACUUUCCAUCAUUUCCCAAUUCCUAUCUCCCACCCUGUUCAAUUCUCCCCUCACCCGUUCUUUUUUCGCAGCCGGUCCUGCGCUUGAGGCUUGCUCCAAGAAUCUCGCCGGCCACCGGUCACUUUACUUCCUCACCUUUGCACCCGUAUCCCAACGUCGAAGCUACGCCAAGGCAAAGAAGAAGAUGCCUCCCAAAAAGGCCGUCAAAGAGGAAAAGGUUCUGUUGGGUAGACCAGGCAAUAACCUGAAGAGUGGUAUCGUUGGUCUGGCUAACGUCGGCAAAUCCACACUUUUCCAAGCCAUUACCAAAUGCUCUCUCGGCAACCCAGCCAACUUUCCCUAUGCCACGAUUGAACCAGAAGAGUCUCGCGUCCUCGUGCCAGAUGCUCGAUAUGACUGGCUCGUUCAACACUACAAACCAAAAUCUCAAGUCCCUGCACAUUUGACCAUCUACGAUAUCGCUGGCCUGACCAAGGGUUCGUCCACUGGCGCUGGCCUGGGAAACUCCUUUUUGUCUCAUAUCAGAGCCGUCGAUGCCAUCUACCAGGUUGUGCGGUGUUUCGAUGAUGCCGAGAUCAUUCACGUUGAAGGAGACGUCAACCCAGUUCGAGAUCUAGAAAUCAUUGCCGAGGAGCUGAGAUUGAAAGACAUCGAAUUUGUCGAAAAGGCAAAAGAAGCCGUCUCUAAGUUAACCCGGAGAGGAGGCCAAAGUCUAGAGAUGAAGAAACUUAAGGAAGAAGAGGCAACAAUUGAAAGAAUUCUCGCUUUCCUGAAAGAAGGCAAAGAUGUCCGGAAACACGACUGGACACCAAAAGAGGUCGAAAUCAUUAAUCCUCUGUUCCUCCUCACCGCCAAGCCCGUAGUCUAUCUCAUCAACCUGUCUGAGAAAGACUACCUUCGACAAAAGAACAAGUAUCUUCCCAAGGUGAUGGAAUGGAUCAAGACCAACAGUCCCAAUGACCCAAUCCUCCCAAUCUCAGUCAGCUUCGAAGAACGGCUCGCCGCCAUGGAUGAUGCAGCUGCCUUGGAAGAGUGCAAGACCCUCAACACAAAGUCGGCGCUGCCGAAAUGCAUCACGACGAUGCGCAAUGCCCUUAACCUCGCCAGUUUCUUCACUACUGGAACUGACGAAGUGAGACAAUGGACGAUAAGAAAAAACACAAAGGCUCCCGCAGCAGCAGGUGUCAUCCAUACCGAUUUCGAGAAGACCUUUAUCCAAUGUAUCGUGUACAACUUUGAUGUUCUGAAAGAGUAUGGCGAUGAAAAGUCCGUCCAAGCCGCUGGUAAGGUCUUGACCAAAGGCAAAGAUUAUGUGGUUGAAGAUGGAGAUAUCCUACUCAUCAAGGCCGGUGCUGCCAAGGCUUAGAGUUCUUCCUCCUCGGAGUCUUGCUCAUUAUGUCCAACCAUUUCUCACCCUAGAUAAAACUUGGUCCUGAGUCAAGGUGGCCUCAUCAUCGCCGUUUCCCUUUUCUCGAGCCGAAUAUAUUAGCAUGGGCUGGCCUGGUCUUCCAUCGUACUGAUAGAUGUGUUUCCUGGUGCUUCUCAUCACAACCACCACAAAUAUUGGGAACGAAAUGCCUGACUUGGUCAGAGUAUAGGCUGAGUUUGCAUGUAUGAGAGCCUACUGCUGGCCGGCUUAGCGGUUCGGUCUAUCUUGGCCAUGUUUUCAGCGAAGUAAUGAAUAAGAAAGAAUGACCACUACAACGACAAUCGUAAUUGUUUCUCUCUCG